GUUCGAGACAAGGGUUAUGUGGUUGGCCUCUGUCCCCACAGCGAUCAUUUUUGUUCCUGCCGCGCCAAGUGCAAGUCCGUGAAGAUGGCCGCUCAAAUGCCUGAAUUCAAGCUGAUUCUCGUCGGUGACGGUGGUGUCGGCAAGACCACCUUCGUCAAGCGCCACUUGACGGGUGAGUUUGAAAAGAAGUACGUUGCCACGUUGGGCGUGGAAGUCCACCCGCUCAAGUUUGAAACCAACUUUGGUCCCAUCAAGUUCAACUGCUGGGACACCGCUGGCCAGGAAAAGUUUGGUGGAUUGCGCGACGGGUACUAUAUCCAAGGGCAAUGCGCCAUCAUUAUGUUCGACGUGACGUCGCGAAUCUCGUACAAGAACGUGCCCAACUGGCAUCGUGACUUGUUCCGCGUGUGCGAAAACAUUCCCAUCGUGCUGUGCGGCAACAAGGUGGAAGUCAAGGACCGCAAGGUCAAGGCCAAGCAAAUCACGUUCCACCGCAAGAAGAACCUCCAGUACUUUGACAUCUCGGCCAAGUCCAACUACCAAUUUGAAAAGCCGUUUUUGUGGUUGGCGCGCAAGUUGGUCGGCGACAACUCGUUGACCUUUGUAGAAGCCGCCGCCAUUGCUCCGCCUGAGGUCGUCAUUGACGAAGAACACAAGCGACGCUUGGAAGCGGAAUUGGCUGCUGCCGUCAACGCCCCCAUCCCGGAUGAAGAUGAUGACAUUUAAAGCAUCGUUGACUUAGGAGUUAAGGAUUACUACUAUAUAUUGUAUGGCAUCUUUGGAUGCGUCUACAAGUGUCAAUACUGAACCCAUCUCGAACUGAUUGCAGA